ACAUAGGCCCAAAAUUUCAAUAAUUUUUAACCAUUUUUGAAAUAAAUGCCUUCUCUUUAAGCGGGAACAGAAAAAAUUCAAAGAAUUUCAAUGAACACCGGCUAACCUUCCCCCAAAAACAGAGAAACUCUCCAAACUGAAAAUCCAACCUGAAUUUGCAAAGAGCCAGAGAGCCAUGGAGGAAACCAUAGCAAGAAUUGUCACAGACCUCGAAGAAACCAAUCAAAUCGCAGACACCCAAAGCCAGACUCCACUCAUUUCUCGCUCUACUCUCUUAGAUCUCCAAUCCCUUUUAUCCACAAACGACCCACACCUCCUUUCCCAGUUCUUCGAUGACCUCGCUUCGAAGAGCCUCUCCCCUUCUUCUGUCAGUAGCUUGUUAUCUUUCACAAUGGAUUCUGACCCUUCCCUUCGUCUCUCUCUUUUAGCUUCCAAAGUCUACCUCUCUCUUCUCCACUCCCCAAAUUCCCCUGUUUUCACUCUCUUCACUCCCAUUUCAUUCCUUUCUCUCCUCCGUUCCCUCCGUCGCGCCUUCAAAACCGGUCCUUUAGCACAACCUGAUGAGCCUUCUCCUCCCCACACGCGGCCUAAUCGGAAGAGGAAGAGUGGGGGGAGGGGCCGUGGAACACGGAAUAACGUUAGGAGUUCGGGGGGUAAUAGUGAGGAAGAAAGUGAUUCUUUGGAUAUAAAAGAAGUAUUUUUUAUGCUUGAAAUGUUGGUUUCUGUUGUGGGUUUGAUUCAUUUGGACAGGUUUCCUGAUAGUUUGAAGUCUUUGAUACAAACCAUCGGUGAAAUUCCUUUGAUGGCAAUGGAAAAGUUUGGGAAUUCGGUUUGGUUUAAUCGUUUAAUGGAUUUUUGUUCGCGGGUUUUGAGUGAAGUGCUGAGGUCUGAACAUGGAGAGAUGGCUAGUACAGCAGCUGAGGUUCUGAAAUCUUUAUUGCCAUUGAUAUUAAUGGUUAAAUCGCAAGCGAGAAGUUUUGCAUUGGGGUUCGUGACAAAAAGGAUGAUGGAGUUGGGAAAUGAGAGUGAUGGUGUCAAGAAAGCUGUUGUUAAUUUCCCUAGGUAUUUGGUUCAAAAGGCACCCGAGAAGGCUGAGCCACGGGCUUUGGCUGUGGAAUCGAUCAUGGAGGUGGUUAAAGUGAUGGACUUGGAGGAUCAAAUAGGAUAUAUAGAGUAUGUAUUGAAGAUGACUAAAGGAAAGGCUAAUCUUAGACUGUUAGGUGUUGAUCUUAUUGCAAUGAUGUUGAUGUCACUGAGGGAUCCUUUAGGGGUGUAUUCGGAUGUUAAAGUAAGGGAUUAUUGGGGCACAAAGUGUUUGCAAGCUUUGAUUCUGAGGUGUUCUGAUUUGAGUGCUGGAAUUCGAGCUCGAGCCCUAUCAAGCUUGGCACAAGUUGUGGGGUUUUUGUCUGGUGAUGAUAGGAAUACAGGUAUUUUGAAGGAAGUAAUGGGGUUAGGCGAAGGUGGGGAGGAGAGGCCAGAGGCUGGAAUGAAUGAUCUUUUGAGGAAGAGGUGUAUGGAUGAGAAGGCAGCUGUUAGGAAGGCAGCACUUCUUCUGGUCACUAAGUUGACAGCCCUUUUAGGUGGUUCUUUAGAUGGAGUCCUGCUCAAGACGAUGGGUAUGGCUUGUUCAGAUCCACUUGUUAGCAUACGUAAAGCUGCCAUUUCAGCUCUUUCUGAGGCCUUCAGAACGUUUUCAGAUGAAAGUGUGAUUACUGAGUGGCUACUUUCUGUUCCACGUUUAAUAACAGAUAAUGAAUCUAGCAUUCAAGAAGAAUGUGAGAACUUGUUCUUGGAAUUGAUUUUGGACCGAGUGUCUAGAGCAGGAUCAGCUUGCUCACCAAAGAAAGGAUCUAGUUUGUCUGAUUCAAAUCUAACAGCAAAGAGUUUAGAAAGGGAGAUGGAAUUGUUAUUCCCUGAAGGGGUAUUAGUUCUUUUGCAAGGCAUCUGCAAUGGGGAGGUGACUCCAUGGGUGAACAAAAUUUGCACAAGUCUUGGUAAAAAGAAACGACUGAAGCCCAAGAUUGCUAUUGCUCUUCAAAAUAUUAUAAAGACAUCUGAAUCUCUCUGGUUGAGCCAUUCAAUGCCAAUUGGGAAGUGGACAGCCCCAGCUGGUGCUUGGUUUCUUCUAUCAGAAGUGUCAACAUAUCUUUCAAAAGCUGUGGAGUGGGAAUUCCUCCAUCAUCACUGGCAGCUCCUUGACAAGAAUGGAGAAGAAGACAAGUUUCAAAGCCCAUUUUUGCAAGGAAAUGCUGAUGCAGAUGAAAAGGGCAUAGAAUCCAAUUCAGUUGCGUGGGCAGGAGAUCGAGUUUUCCUCUUGCAAACCAUCUCAAAUGUUUCCGUGGAAUUGCCUGCUGAACCUGCAGCAGAUUUAGCCCAUAAGUUGCUUAAAAGAGUUGAAAAGUUCAGCAUGCAUUCUACAGAGGUUAAUGCUCAUAUAAAGGCUCUCAGAACAUUGUGCAAGCGGAAGGCAUUAAAUCCUGAGGAGGGUGAUCAACUUGUCCUGAAAUGGUUACAUCUCCUUCUCUCUAAAGCAUGUGAAAUUUUAGAAAAGUACAUUUCUGAUAAUAAAGAAGCAAAUAAAAGUAAUAGUUUCUUUACACCACCAAGUAGCGGGAACAGAAAAGGGAAGCAAGGAGCAACUGCUUCACGUUUAUUGUCAAAAGCAGUCACUGCAGUUUAUACUGUUGGGUCUUUGGUCAUUGCCUGUCCUUCUGCUGAUGUGAGCUCCAUUGUCCCACUUUUAUACACAGUCAUAACUUCAGGGAAUCCUGAUUCAAAGUUGAAAAAGUUACCAGGGCCUAGGGUAUCUUUGAAGCAGACAGCCCCUUCUUUGUACAUUCAAGCAUGGUUGACAAUGGGGAAGAUUUGCCUGGCUGAUGGGAAACUUGCAAAGAGUUACAUUCCUCUCUUUGUGCAGGAGCUCGAAAAGAGUGAUUGUGCGGCACUUCGCAACAACCUUGUCGUGAUGAUGGCAGAUUUUUGUGUUCGCCAUACUGCUUUAGUUGAUUGUUACAUAGCAAAAAUCACCAAGUGUCUCCGUGAUCCAUGUGAACUUGUCAGACGGCAGACUUUUAUACUGCUCUCAAGAUUAUUACAAAGGGACUAUGUGAAGUGGAGGGGAGUGCUAUUCCUUCGGUUCCUUCUAUGUCUAGUUGAUGAAUCAGAAAAAAUAAGACAACUAGCUGAUUUUCUCUUUGGAAGCAUUUUGAAAGCCAAGGCUCCACUUCUAGCUUACAACAGUUUUGUGGAAUCCAUUUAUGUUCUGAAUGACUGCCAUGCCCACAAUGGACAUAAUGGUUCCAAGAAUUCACGGAUGGAGAGUCGGCUUUUUUCCAUCAGGGGUAAUGAUGAGACAUCCAGGUCUAAGAGGAUGCGCAUCUAUAUGUGUUUGCUGAAACAAAUGGCUCCAGAGCACCUUUUGGCCACCUUUGCAAAGUUAUGUGCAGAGAUUCUAGCAGCUGCAUCAGAUGGCAUGCUCAACAUAGAUGACAUAACAGGACAAUCUGUUCUGCAGGAUGCUUUCCAAAUUCUUGCCUGCAAAGAGAUUCGAGCCUCAUCAAAUCGUGGAUCUGCAUCUGACACAGCAGAGGUAGAGGAAGAAGGUGGAGAUAACAGUGCAUCCGCAGCUGCCGCCAAAGGAAGGGCUAUAACACAGGCAGUCAGAAAGGGCCUUAUUCAAAACACCAUCCCCAUUUUUAUAGAGCUAAAACGGCUAUUAGAAAGCAAGAACAGCCCUCUCACAGGUUCUCUCAUGGAGUGCCUGCGAAUCCUUCUCAAGGACUAUAAAAGUGAGAUUGAUGACAUGUUGGUUGCGGAUAAACAGCUUCAAAAGGAGCUCAUAUAUGACAUGCAGAAAUAUGAAUCAGCAAAGGCUAGAACAACAGCUGCAGAGGCAGUUGCCAACUUGCAAAACCAAAGUACCUACCAAUCACCUUGUGUUUCAAAACGUGCAGAUGGAACUCAUGCCAAAAACAAGUUGAACCAAAAGUUGCAGAGUGAUUCAAAAGUUGCAUCGGCAAUCGCAGAUGCAGCUGCUGAAGCCAUUGCUCGGUCUGUACUAAAGGAGGUGAACAAGGGAGCAAUGACACCACCACUAAGUUCCAUUAGUAUGCCAAAACUCAAGUCUAACCAGGCAGGAAGCCAUGCUCAAAAUGAUCGCCCCUUACAUGUAUUGGAAUCCUUGAGGAAACGACAAUCCUUUGAUUCUGAUGAUGAAAAUUGAUGUUUUAGAAUGCACUUUUUUUUUUC